AUGAUUAUUAAUACAACCUUUUCUUUCACAGUGUUUCCGAACGGUUGUUCAACAGGGCUUGCAUACGCAAAGUCUAGGAAGAUGGCUGGGAUGUCUAGUAUUCUCGAUGGUAUGGGAACGGUCAUGGAUUUUGUUCACAAUAUCAUACCUGGUUCAAAUUCAAAUCAACAAUACGGAGGCAAACCUCAAGUAAUCUACGGAUCAGUCACUAACACCAAAGGUAAUCAUUUUCGUAAUACGAAUAUAAAAGGUUCAAUCUCUUAUGGAUCAAACACCGUUCAGACUGGUAACCGAUAUGAGUGA